AUGGUGUCCAGGUUUUUGCUGACAGCGUUGUCGCUUCUCUCAUCAAGCAACCUUGUUUCUUCCCUCACCGUCACUCAAGCUGACUUCUCCGCAUUGGCGGCCAGUCUCGUCACAGCCAACUCGGGUCUCACACUACUGAGUGGUUCCUUCUCUGGUAAUGCUGCGCAGGCAGGUACAUACACAAAUGGCCCGCAAAGCCUGGCAGAUGGCGUUGUGCUCUCUACAGGAGACGCCAAGAAUGCUGCAUUGCCGAAAACAAGCGAUGCCAAUUCGAGGUAUAUGGGUGGUGGAAGUCCACUCUGCAGCGCGAUUGCAGAGGGCGACUUCAGGGACGCCGCUGUUCUGACACUCAACCUCGCCAUCGACAAAACAAAGUACAAUGGAGUAUCCUUGUCAUUCAUCUUUGCUUCAGAAGAAUUCCCAGCCUGGGUCGGAUCAAAGUACAAUGACGUCUUGGGCAUCUUUGUGAAUGACAAAAACGUUGCAUUGGACAGUGCAGGCCAGCGCGUUGCCAUCAACAACGGCUUCUUCAGUUCAGCCAAUGUUGUAACUAACGACGACAGCGCGUAUGGAGGCUCAACCCAAAAGUUGAUUGCAAAUACACCGGUUGCAGCAGGCGUCAGCACCGUGAAACUUGAGAUUGUGGUUUGUGACAAUGCGGAUCAAGAUGUCGACAGUGCCGUCUUCUUGACUGGUCUCAAGGGCAUCACAUGCGAAGGCAAUUGUGACGGUAUUGCUGUCCUUCCUUCGUCGACGUCGUCUACAUUAUCGACAUCGUCAACGUCUUCAACGUCGUCGACAACGUCCACGACCUCAACAACUUCCACAUAUCCAUCAUCCACAUCAACAACAUCAACAUCAAUUGCAUCAUCCACAUCAGCGCCUGUGCCUUCAGUCAACCCGAAGUGCUCGCAUGACAAUUGUUUACGCGGUCUGUUGUUCAAAAACGGCGUAUUUUUCACGGCAGCCUACGAGGCAUGCAAGACCGCGCUGCCAACUAUCACUGUCCUUCGAAGUGGAACUGCCACCCAAACAAUCACUGGGCCUGCAAAUCUGCCGACGAACGCAAAUGUUUGCGAUGGACAAGGCAUUGAGAGGCGCUUGCCUAGGUAUAUCAGCGCUUGCGGAUGUGCAUCCGUCUUUCCAGUAACGACCACUAUCAUUGCAAGUGCCACAAUGGCACGUUAG